GCUGUUAGUACGUUGUUUACUUUCUCGCCAUAGACACAGCUCAAGUCCCUAGGUCCUCGCGGUGGCGUUGCGUAUAGCGUAGUGUUCAAAUUCGGUACCUUUCGUGGUUGAUAGUCGCGUGUGUGCGGAAAUCAAAUCAGUGCCCCCGCCACUCAUUUGGAGGAGCCUAUCGAUUAGGGCAACUCAACUCGUUAUGGUAUCGUGAGGGCAUGAUAAUUGGUUAUGAGUGGUUGGUUCAAAUAAUUAAACACAUCGGAUCGGGGAGGGAAAUUUUCCGGGUACACCAACGCCAGUGAGAAAAAAGUGGGAGAAAUUCAACAUCUCAACCUUGUGCAGUGUUCCGUGUGAUGAGACAAUGUUACCGGUGCAAGUGAACAAGAAUUCUAUGAACAACGCACUUUUGCUACCGCUCAAAAUGUUGAAGAUUCUGGAUGCUUUGAUAUGGCCAUAGGACAAAAAUGCAAAAUCAUAUUCAGUUCGUAAAGAAUUUAUUCCACAAUUGCUUCAACCAGCAACCGACCAACGAAUCCUUCAUGCGUGACGGUUCCAUUCUGUCAACGUUACGGAAAAGCAAAUUUCACAGUUUAAAUGACCAGCGGAAGCUAGUAACAGAUUUCGAUCGCAAUUAUGACGCCAUCAGCGCUAGAAAUGAUCGAAUCAAAUUCCCUGCAGUGAGAACUUUGGAUAUUAUUCCAAAAUCGAAGGACGUGUUAAAUGGCGACUGGAUUCUCCGGUAUUCCGAUUCCGAAACUAACAAUUACCCAUGGAGCGGUGAUUCCAGUCCAAACUUUGAUCUGGUCCCGUGGCGUAGAUCCAAGCACAACCAAACCUUACUAAGUCAACCUACAUUCAACAGCCCGAAGCGUUGGAGUGAUGCUAGAGAUAAAAAGAUUUUAAAUCGCCUGCACAAAAUAGAAACCAAACAGGUGAAAAAACACCUUAAAGAGAAUCUUAAGUAUUCCAAACGAGUAAAAAGAAUCCGCAUAAUGUUGUCAGUCGAAAUGCGCCAGAAAAACUACGAGGUGCUGCCACCCAAAAUUGUACCUCGUCGAUUCGAAAUUAAACCGGCGAUCACCAAUGGGUCAAACGUGACAUCGAAAAAUCACAUUACACGGCUGAUGGUGGUUGCGGUUCAGCACGAACAGCAGAAAUCGCGUCACUGGGGUUACUUCAGCCACCGUCGGAAUGAAAAUUUCAAAGAAAAAAUCGCUAAAGAAGAAGCCAAAGUCACCGCCGCAGGAUGCAAAACCGAACAGCAGGAGAGUGCGCCGAAAACGAUGGAGACGCCCAACUUUUCCGGUCCGACCAGCAGCAGCAGCAUCGAACACGAGUCGCUCAGUGAACUGCGGGAAAUCGAGCAGCACGUUUUCUGCAAAAACAUGAACGCAGUGAAAAAGCUCAACCCGGUCAAACCCAUAACGCCGUUCGCUCCGAAACAGGUGGAAAGUGAUAAAAUGAUAGUACAAAUGUGUCGAAGGUGUAGAAGCAAACGCGUGACAGUGGGGUGCUCCGGGUAUAACGAGUCCAGAUACCUGUCGCAUCUGGACUCGUCCCAUGCACAGAUGAUGAACCCGAUGGAACGGCCGGCGGGUGGAGCCUUGGCGCUUCACUACGCGGCCGCUCGCGGGUGCCUCGACUGUGUGCGGCUGUUGGUGGAGGCGGCGCCUGACAUCAGCGCUAAUACCCAGAUGGACAACGACGUGACCCCGGUCUACUUAGCGGCUCAGGAGGGACAUCUUGAGGUGCUGAAAUUUCUAGUCCUGGAAGCCGGCGGAUCGCUGUACGUGCGAGCCCGCGACGGUAUGGCACCGAUCCACGCCGCCUCUCAGAUGGGAUGUCUGGACUGUUUGAAAUGGAUGGUCGAAGAUCAAGGUGUCGACCCUAACCUGCGUGACGGUGAUGGUGCCACUCCGCUUCACUUUGCUGCUUCCCGAGGCCAUCUUACUGCUGUGCGGUGGUUGUUGAGCCACGGUGCUAAGUUAUCCCUGGAUAAGUAUGGAAAAAGUCCCAUCAACGAUGCAGCUGAAAAUCAGCAAGUUGAAUGUUUGAACGCUUUGGUGCAGCACGGAAACCGCGAACCCGAUUACGGUGAAUCAAAACAACACAAACUCUCCCAACGAAUUCAGCCAGAACAGCUGUACGGAUCGCCCACUCCACUUUCGGCUCAGUCUGUUACCCCGCAGCAGCAGAAACGGGCAUCCAAAAAACAAACCGGCAGCCAUCAUCAUUUCAACAAAAGCAAAGUGUUCAGCCAAAAUACGAUGAUGUCCAAGUCGUCGUCCGGUAGUUCCGACUCGGAACCCUUCUACCUUCAUCCACCGACAAUAAGGCAAACUAAGGAUGGCUUGUAUACUCGCCAAUCACCGGACAGUUACUACGGCACAGUGCCGCCAAAUGACGGUGUCUACAUAAAUCCAAUGCGAAAUGGCUCCUCCACCCCGCCCAGUCCAAGCGGAAGUGUUUCGGGUGAAUCUUUCUUUUUGCACGACCCUCAGGAGGUUAUCUACAAUCGGGUGAAAGAUCUGUUUGAUUCCGAUCUUAGUACUAGUACUACCAAGGAGGAACGGAACGGACAUUCCCGAGCGAUGACAGUUCAAGUGGAAGUUCACUCCAGCAGUAGUGGGGCAGCCAGUGGCUCGGAUGAGGAUUUGUCCGUAUCGUCAUCCAAUUCCGAUGCACAACGGAAACCACCGGAAGUUAAACGCAGCAACUCAAAGUCUACCCACGACCAUGACUAUGAAGACAUUUAUCUAGUGCGGGAAGAGGCCCGGUAUGGCACGAAAACGAGAAACGGUGCCGGCCGCAGCAGAUCCAGGGAUAGCGGAUCACAUUCAAGAUCGGCCAGUGCCAGCUCGAACCGCAGCAACGACAUCAUUAUGCAACUAACCAAUCAGACCGUGGGCAACAAGGAGCAAAUGCUGAUCAACAAACGAAACAAUCUUUACGAGCAGCAGAACGCCAAACACCGAUACGACGUACCGCUGAACUACAAAACGACGAACCUUAGCAAGGGCAGUAAAUCGGCAAGCCAUCACCAGUCGAGCCGAGAGCUGAACAUGGCUGCUUCGCGCAACGACAACGCGUACGAAAGCGUCUGCCCACCAGAAGAUACCCACGAGCGAACGAAGCUUGCCCAACGCCAUUCCAUGCUGCAUGGUGUCGCCAGUGUGAACAGCAACGCUGGCAAGCAGCUGAAGCGCAACGGAUCGAUGAACAGAAACGAAAAUCAAGCCCCAGUGGGACCCCCACCGCCACCUCUGCCACCACCGUUGAAGGCACCGUCGCAGGCGGCCCACUACGGGACCGGCGGCGUCAGUCAGACCAAGUCCGGCUCGAUGACGAACGGCAAUAAUUUCUAUCUGCACAAGCAUAUAAACGGUGGCAGCGGCGGAUCGCAGCAGAACGCGAUGAAGUAUAAUACUAGUGCCAGUGUCGGUAGUGGCGGCACCUCGGGCUCCCAGAACAACACUCAGCACGAUUACUACAAUCAACUGCCCCAGCAGCAGCAACAACAACAUCAGAAUGGAACAGAGGGACCAGAUUCGGACUCCGGAUUGGAAGUGGUAGAAGAGUCCACACUUAAGCCAUCGGAUUUGAUCCGAGGAAACCACAACCGCAGCAUGUCCAUUAUAUCAGCGAACAAGAAAGCCAAACUCAUCACUGGCACCAGCAACGGUAACGGAAAUGGCAGCAGCAGUAGCAGCAGCAGCACCCUCCUUAGUCCGACCAGUUCAGCCAAGGCAGUCGACGAUCAGUACUACGGCCAUCAACAGCUGUACCAGUCGCGCUCGAACUCCGCUCUGUCGUCGUCCAGUCACGGUCCGAAUCUGGUGAACAAGCAGCUCGUGCUGCCAUUCGUUCCGCCGGCCUUCCCGAACGGUUCCGCGGACAACUCCAAUCAUCUGAUCAAACCCUCCGAGUAUCUCAAGAGCAUCAGCGACAAAAAGUCCAAUGCUGGCUCUCAGAGAUCUUCCGACACUGAAGACUAUAUGCCAUUAAACGCAACCAUCACGGUACAGUCGGGACCGGAACCACCAAAACCGCCUCCACCCCCGCCCGCUCCGCCGAUGCUGUUCCCCAACGGCACUGGUGGCGGCCCCAAUAAAGACGGCAACAGUCAGACCGGAACGAUAAAAAGCAACGGUAGCGUGCCACCUCCACCCCCGCCCCAGGAUUCGACGAUACGAAAGACGAUACGAAAGCAGCAGCAGCCCCUGUCGGCGAUUUCGAUCCAAGAUCUGAACAGUGUGCAGCUUCGCCGAACGGACAAGAUGCUCUCGAAGACUUUCUCGGCGCCCACCCGCAGCAUGAGCAUGCAGUGCCUUUCCUCCACCAACGAACAGUUCCUGUCGCAGAAGACCGACCUGAUUGCCGAGCUGAAAAUGUCCAAAGACAUCGCGGGCGUCAAGAAGAUGAAGGUCGAGCGAGCAAAGCUGGAAGACAGACAGGCCACCGAGGUGUACUCGGAGGUGACGCGGCAAUUCACCGCCGCGAACUACGUCGAUCAGUUAUUCCAGGUACCGGAACGUGACCACGCCGGCAACAUCAUCCCGGACUGGAAGCGUCAGAUGCUUGCCAAGAAGGCUGCCGAAAAGGCUAAAAAGGAGUUCGAAGAUAGACUAGCGCGGGAAGCGGAAGACCGACGGCUGUCGGCAAUACCCAAGUGGAAACGUGAUCUAAUGGCAAGAAAAGAAGAAGCUGAAAGUAAGCUCAAAUCCUCGAUUUAUACCCCCCGUGUGGAAGAACACCAACGCCGAACGGAUACCUGGCGUUCCCGAAUGUCUCAACGGGCAAUGUCGAUCGACAACAUUAGCUUCACAUCGCAGCAAGAGGACUCCCACGUGGGCUCCCGCUUCAAUAAGGAAAAUAACCUUAACAAUAAUCAGCAUAAUGGCGCAAACGGUGCCAACAGCAACGGACUUCACGUCAACGGAAACAGCAACUAUAGCAACAAUAGCAGCAUUGCCAACGUAAACGGCAAUGGCGGAAGCAACCAUCCAAGUGUUCGUGGUUCGAUGGAAAAUAUCAAUAGCAAAAACGAUUACCAUCAAAAUAGUAGUUCGCAUACGAAUGGAAACGAUGACGACGAUGAAAGCGAACAGAUUAUACCGUGGCGGGCUCAUCUUCGGAAAACCAACAGCCGCCUCAGUUUGAUCGGUUAACCUUUCGCCUGCUGUUAUUUAGUUUAAUAGCAUACUGUAUAAAAGUUCAUUAGCCUACUAUUGAUACGCAUCAUAUUUUUAUUUAGCUUAUACAAUAAACACAUUUAAUUUUAUCAUUUGAUGAAUUUAUUUAAUUGAACUGCGAAAACGUUGCAAAUCGAAAUCCUGCCAAGAUCAAUAGCUUCGUAUAAUAAUAAAGCGCAGAUGGGAUAGACAUUGUAAACAUAAAUCAAAGAUUUCGUUGCAAUACUACUGUAAGAUUGCUGUUAAUCCAUGUGAAGGAUCAACCUUUCGCUUACUGGGAACAGCCUAAUGACGCGAAAAAAACUCGUUAAUUAAUGUGACACUUAGAUAAAACAAAUGGCUACAUAGAGUAAAUGUAAGAAACUAUAAUGUGAUUACUGUUAUCAAUCUCUGCAAAUAUUCUAAACUAGGUUAAUUGCCUUUGAAAAAAACUGCCAAUGUGAAAAGAAUCGAUAAUAUAUUUUUGUUAUGAAUCCGUUACAUGCAGUCCAGAUCAAUUUAUAAGAAAAAAAAACUUCAACGUAGAAAACUGCACCAUUACGAACAAUUUUCCUCUACGAUUGCCAGCCUAGAAAAAAGUGAUCGAACCAUUGUAACUUGUACCCGCAAUAUCAUAUAUGAGAAAGUAUGCCACUGGCCGAAAUGUCACGCAACAUUACAUUUCAAAAAUCAGCACACAUCUCUUAUUCGUUGAAUAGUUAUAACAAAUAUACAAUCAGUAAAGUCGAAG